AUGAAUGUAUUCUGCAAAGUACGACUGUCUUUCGAUCUAACGUUGAGCACAGCUUCUGUUUUGAACCUAUGCUGUAUCUCCAUUGACAGGUACUAUGCAGUGUGCCAGCCUCUGACAUACAGAAUGAAGAUCAAUACUAAUGUCGUUGUGAUCAUGAUCGUGUUGACCUGGUGCACAGCUGUUUUUAUGACAAUUGUGUUUUUCAUUGCAAAAAAUAACUCUAGAGAAUGUCAAGAAAAUUGUUCUUUCGGUGGUGGUCUUUCAAACCCUUUAGGACCCGUGUUCUCAUUUUACCUCCCAAUGGUCACGAUGGUGUGUAUCUACCUGAAGAUUUUAAUGGUGGCACAGAAACAGGCACGCAGCAUCCAGAACACACACUCUCAGAGCACAACGUCUGGAACUGCUGCUGCAAAAAAGGUGGAAGGAAAGGCAACCAGAACUCUGGCGAUCGUCAUGGGAGCCUACGUGGGAUGUUGGGCGCCUGUUUUCCUCUGUUUGCAGAUAAAGGUUUUCAGUUCUGUGUCAGUGCAAGUUACAACAUUUGAAAGCCUUGUCUGUAUCGGAUUGUUUAACUCACUGCUCAAUCCAUUCAUCUAUGCUUUCUUUUACAGUUGGUUCAGGUCAGCUUUUAGACUGAUUCUCAAUGGGGAAAUAUUUCGAAGUGAUUUCUCUAACUCAAAACUCCAUUGA